CGAUGCUCGAUGAAGCGAUGUUCGAAGCCUUGCAGGACGAAGAAAUGCAAAAGCGACAAGAAGAAGAGAAAGUCAUCAUAAGCGAAGAAAUGCAAAAUAAUGCAGAUGAAUCGGACGAAAUCAGAUUUUGGAAUUUCGAAGAAAUAUCAACUCGAAAUCACAGCACUUCCUCCUUACCUCCGCCAAAUUUGAAAACAAGAACGAACUCCAUUCUGCAUUUGCCGAAGAUGCCGAAGUUGCAAACAAGCAUUACCAUUGCUCCCAUCAACACGCACACGUCCGAAAGAAAAAGAUCAUUAGAAAUCGAACCGGAGAAAUAUAACAAUAAGAGAUUAAUGAUUAAAAAGCCCGCUCCCACCACUCUGUCUUAG